GACAGCACUAACACUCGGGAGCUCUCAAUCAUUCAUAUUGACACAAUCGUUCAAGCAGCUCACUUGUUGCCCAUCUUUGGCAAUGAAUUUGUCCCAGAGAAAGCUACAUUCCAUGAGACUCUAGAUAUUUACUGUGCGUUCUAUGUUAACAAAUUCGCAGAUCAUCAUUCCUUCGAAAUAGCAUCUUGAGCUCAUUAUUUGAACUUGGUCACUUAAACUACUUGAUUAUCUUACAAUUUUUUCUCAGUCAGAUGCCUAAGUAGUGUCAAGUGAAAACGAAGUAACUUGAUCGUCUUAGCUGACUUAGCGCAAUUUUUACAUUUUUAAGUUCGGUUAAGUGAAGUGUAGAUUUGCUGAUGAACACUGGAAGCGUGGAUAUACACUGGCAUAUGAGGAAUCGGAGCACCCUCGAGUCCAUGGCUCGUUUGGAGGACGAGUACUGGGAGGUUCCAGUGAUUAGCAGUAAGUAAGGGUAGUUAAUGCGCACUCACG